UUAUAUCAGCUCCAUGCUAUAUUUGUCCUCAAGUGAAUAAUUAGUUCUAAGUUGUUACUCUUAACUUUAAUUUUUUUAAUACGCCCAUUUACCACUGUUAGGAUAGGAUUAGUUGCUCUUUAUUUAGCGCUGGACGAGAUAGGCUACUAAUAUGUUCCUCAUUCCUCAUCAAUGAGGAACAUAUUCCUCAUUGGAAUCAACAUAAUUCAUGUCCAUUCCACUUCUUUUAAUUAAUUUUAUUUAUGAUAUUAAAGACUGAGUUCGAGGCGCUUGAUUUAACGGAGCGCAAGAGCCCUUAUCUCGCACGGCGAAUGCAGAACUUCCGAACCUCGCUGCCGCACGGAUUCCUCUUCUCCCGCAUGCAUAUAGAGAAAUUCUCCAAAGAUGAAAUGCGGCAUCUGGUGCGACUAUCCGGAGGCCAGAUCGAAAAAUAUCCACCUGCAGCGUCGGCCCGAAACAAGAUUCAGCUGAUAUUAUGCGGCGACGAAGGAGACGCGGAAGCUGUGUGGCGUCGUAGGAAAGUACGCGUAGUCCACUACGUGUGGCUUCUAGCAUCAAUCACUGCCCAAAGCAAACUGGACUAUAGGAGAUUUGUUAUAGCACCUUCCGACCCCUCGAUUGCACCUUCCAUCCCCAGGUGUACCUGGCAGCUCCAUCCGGACCGGCCAGGAAUGAAUCAGCUGACGGCGCUUAUGCGUCGUCGUCGUCCCGCCGCUACGCCUCGUGCCGCCGAUUCAGGUCGAUUCGCCUAGGCUGUCGAAGUCGUAAUAUUUCAGUAGACUUUUUGCCACAAUUGCUGCACAAAAUCUCCUGGACAUAAAAAAGGAGGAGGAGGCCGUCUGGACUGACUAUAACGCAGACGAGGAGCAGGUCAAGUGCAGGCUGGCGGCCGACCUGCUGCAGGCCAUCUGUCUAGGAGGACACGUGGAGUCUAGGAGAACACGUUGUAGAGGGCUUGUUGUAAAUUAUAUUUUACCGUUGUAAUAUAAGGCUUCUAUUAAAUAUAGAGGUAUUGUAAAUUUGUUAUUAAUUAGAAUUGUAAGAAUGUUUUAGAGAAAGUUAGAAUCGAGAAUAGAGUUUGCGGAUUAAGAACGAGUAGUA